AAAAAGCCAACCCUCCUCCUCUCCCUUCCAGACAACCACAGCGGUGUGUGUGUGUGUCUGCGCCUGCGCGACACCAAACACCAACCUCUCCACCCCCUUCUCGCCGCCGCCGCCGCCUCCUCCUCGCCGCCGCCGCUGCACGGCCUCAAUCCCCGAGGUUAGUAGGGAAGUGUAUGGGGAGAAAGGAUGCCAGAGUUGCGUAGCGGAGUCCGACAAUCUCGGUUGAAGGCAAAGAAGGCGGAGGACCUUGCCGCACAAGACCCUGCCGCGAACCUGGUAGUGACAGCGCCCACGGUGGCAGGAAGGCGUGGUAGAGGAAGGGGAGGGAGAGGUGGAGGGCGAGGAUCAGGGAGGGGAAGGGCUGGAGGAAGAGGACGAGGUGUUCCGGUGAUUGACUUGGACCCUGACCAGUCUUUUGAGGCUCUUCCAGGAGCUGCUACUGGUGGAGCUGCUGUUGGUGGUCCACAGCGCAUUGAGGAGUUUGCUGAUAAGGUUGUGAAGAUGGAUAAUGGCAGUCCUGAGAAGGUCGGUGGAGGUGAAGAUGAUGGGACUGCAUCUCCAGUCCCAGAGAAGGUUCAAGUAGGUCAUUCUCCACAAUACAAGGUCGAACGGAAAUUGGGCAAGGGUGGUUUUGGACAGGUUUAUGUUGGCAGAAGACUUUCUGGUGGAACAGAGCGCACAGGACCUGAUGCCUACGAGGUUGCUUUGAAAUUUGAGCACCGCAACAGUAAGGGUUGCAGUUAUGGCCCUCCAUAUGAGUGGCAGGUUUAUAGCUCGUUGAACGGAUGCUAUGGUAUUCCAUGGGUUCACUACAAAGGCCGGCAGGGGGACUAUUAUGUGCUGGUAAUGGAUAUACUAGGGCCUAGCCUUUGGGAUGUUUGGAAUUCUGUUGGGCAACAGAUGUCUCAAAGUAUGGUUGCUUGCAUCGCUGUAGAGGCAAUCUCUAUCCUUGAGAAACUUCAUGCCAAGGGGUUUGUUCAUGGAGAUGUUAAACCAGAGAAUUUUUUACUUGGUCAACCUGGAUCACCUGAUGAGAAGAAGCUUUUUCUGAUUGAUCUUGGUUUAGCAUCGAGAUGGAAGGAAACAUCAUCUGGACACCAUGUUAACUAUGAUCAGAGGCCUGAUAUUUUUAGGGGCACAAUAAGAUAUGCUAGUGUGCAUGCUCAUUUGGGUCGUACUGGUAGCAGAAGGGAUGAUCUCGAAUCAUUAGCAUAUACAUUAGUAUUUCUUCUCAGAGGAAGGUUACCUUGGCAAGGCUUUCAGGGAGAGAACAAGAGUUUUCUUGUUUGCAAGAAGAAAAUGGCUACUUCUCCAGAUCUGCUGUGUGUUUUCUGUGCUCCUCCUUUUAAACUUUUUCUGGAGACUGUGACAAACAUGAAAUUCGAUGAAGAACCAAACUACUCGAAGCUUAUUUCCCUCUUUGAUGAAUUGAUUGAGCCCCAGCAUUUGAGGCCUAUUAGAAUUGACGGUGCUCUAAAGGCUGGACAAAAACGAGGAAGAUUGCUUGUAAAUCUUGAAGAAGAUGAACAACCAAAGAAGAAAGUUAGACUUGGAAGCCCAGCAAAUCAGUGGAUUUCAGUUUAUAAUGCUAGGAGGCCCAUGAAACAGAGAUACCAUUACAAUGUAGCAGAUGCCCGACUUCAUCAACACAUAGAGAAAGGGAAUGAAGAUGGACUGUUUAUUAGUUCGGUAGCAUCUUCAGCAAAUCUCUGGGCUCUUAUUAUGGAUGCCGGAACUGGGUUCACAUCUCAAGUCUAUGAACUUUCACCAAUAUUCCUUCAUAAGGAUUGGAUUAUGGAGCAGUGGGAAAAUAGCUAUUACAUCAGUGCCAUAGCAGGAUCAACAAACGGAAGUUCCCUGGUGGUCAUGUCAAAAGGAACCCCUUACACUCAACAGUCUUACAAAGUUAGUGAAUCGUUCCCCUUCAAGUGGAUCAAUAAGAAAUGGAAAGAAGGAUUUCAUGUUACAUCAAUGACCACCGCAGGCAGCCGCUGGGGUGUAGUUAUGUCGAGGAACUCUGGAUAUUCUGAACAGGUAGUAGAAUUGGAUUUUCUUUACCCUAGUGAAGGUAUCCACCGGCGAUGGGAGAAUGGAUAUAGAAUAACUUCUACAGCAGCCACUGGUGAUCAAGCUGCUUUUAUAUUAAGCAUUCCAAAAAGAAAAUUGAUGGAUGAGACACAAGAAACUCUCAGAACAUCUGCUUUCCCAAGCAAUCAUGUGAAGGAAAAAUGGGCCAAGAAUCUUUAUAUUGCCUCGAUAUGCUAUGGCCGGACGGUGUCUUGAGGCUUACAUGCACACCAACUCAGGGCUGAGCAUAUUCAAAUGAGUUCAUAUCUGAAAACCCAGCAAUUUUAGUUGCUGCUGUGUUGCUCUGUAUGUGUAGGUAAAUUGCGUAGAUGAACCUUACAUCAUGGCCAGAUUAGGGGGGGAGGGGGAGGGGGGCACUCCAGAAGAACUGGGAGGAAGGUUGACGACCGCGCUAAUAACAGAUGGAGGAGGAUACGAUCCAGCUGGUGGUAGCGAUGAUGCUGACGGCGUAAAAUACUUAGCAUCAAAAUGUGGUUGCUUCGUCCCUGGCUCCCUGCUGCCGUGCAGAGUGGAUGGCAUUCUCCUGCUUGGAGGCCUUUGAUCUUUGAGGGUCUGUUGUGUAUAUAGCCCUAUCAUGUCAUGCAUUUCGUCAAGUGGAAACAAGUUCCGUAUUCCCGGAACACCGUAAGUGUCUAAAUUAUCAUGUGAGGUGAACUGAGUGUACUGAUGAAUUCGCUGCAUCGAUUCCAUUAUUCGAUAAGCUCAUUGCGGUUCAUGCCAUAAAUGUUGAACUUUGCUGAUCAUUCUCAA